GAACUGAAUGAGUUGUUUCAAUUGACUCAAUAUAAUCGAAGAAGAAUAUCAGUAAUUCCAACAUCAGAAGCUGGCUAUCGUCAUGCUAGAAAUGUUUUUGAAGAUAUGAACAAAGAGCAAUAUAAGAGUUUUCAUGAUGAAGUAGUGCAGGUUCUUAGCGGCCUUGACGAUACGUUACAACUAGAUCAUAUCAAAAGAUGA